GUAAAAGGAUAUGCGUUAAAUAGAUAAUUCAUUAGGGCGGUGCGUGGCGCAGAGAAUUCCAUCCUUCUGUUAGGGUUUCGAUGCGUAAAUACUAACUAACGGCAUUGGCAUUGUCAUUUCUGCAACUGUAUUUUCUGGAAAAAUGGGGUCGGAGAGGAAAAGAAAGCUUAGCCUCUUUGAUGUAGUGGACGAAAGCGCCAUUCUUGGUGCUAAGAAAUCUGCUUUUAAUCUCCCUGCUGGCAAUAGCAAUGGAUUGCCUCUCAUCAACCGCUGGACGGGCCGACCGUUUUCUCAGAAGUAUCACGAUAUUCUCGAGAAGAGGAAAACCCUUCCUGUGUGGCAGCAAAAGGUUGAGUUUCUCGAAACGUUGGAGAAAAAUCAGACCAUGAUUUUGGUGGGAGAGACAGGCAGUGGCAAGACUACGCAGAUUCCACAGUUUGUGGUAGAAGCAGGAUACACUUCCAACCGUAAGCAGAUUGCCUGUACUCAGCCCCGUAGAGUGGCAGCAAUGUCUGUAUCUCGCAGAGUGGCUGAAGAAAUGGAUGUGACAAUAGGAGAGGAAGUUGGUUACAGCAUUCGUUUUGAAGAUUGCAGUGGCUCAAAGACUGUUUUAAAGUACUUGACAGAUGGUAUGCUUCUUAGGGAAGCAAUGACUGAUCCACUGUUAGAGCGGUAUAGAGUGAUAAUUCUUGAUGAGGCACAUGAAAGAACUUUGGCUACAGAUGUCCUUUUUGGUCUUCUAAAGGAAGUUUUAAGAAAUCGUCAUGAUUUGAAGCUUGUUGUUAUGAGUGCUACUUUGGAAGCAGAAAAAUUUCAAGCUUAUUUCAGUGGUGCUCCACUUAUGAAAGUACCAGGGAGGUUGCAUCCGGUGGAGAUAUUCUACACACAGGAACCGGAGAGGGAUUAUUUGGAAGCAGCAAUUAGGACAGUUGUGCAAAUUCAUACUUGUGAACCACCUGGGGAUAUACUUGUUUUCCUUACAGGAGAGGAGGAAAUUGAAGAUGCAUGCAAAAAAAUCUCAAAAGAAGUUCAGAAUCUGGGCGAUCAGGUGGGGCCUGUUAAAGCUGUUCCACUGUAUUCUACUCUACCUCCAGCAAUGCAGCAAAGAAUUUUUGAUGCAGCUCCACCUCCUGUAAAAGAAGGUGGUCCAGUUGGAAGAAAAAUUGUGGUAUCCACAAACAUUGCAGAAACAUCUUUGACAAUUGAUGGUAUAGUUUAUGUGAUUGACCCUGGAUUUGCCAAGCAGAAAGUCUACAAUCCUCGAAUACGUGUAGAAUCUUUGCUAGUUUCACCAAUAUCAAAGGCAAGUGCUCAUCAGAGAUCAGGGCGUGCAGGUCGUACACAGCCUGGAAAGUGCUUCAGAUUAUACACUGAAAAAAGUUUCCAUAAUGAUCUUCAACCACAGACUUAUCCAGAGAUUCUACGUUCCAAUUUAGCAAAUGUAGUUCUCACUUUGAAAAAGCUUGGUAUCGAUGAUUUAGUACAUUUUGAUUUCAUGGAUCCACCUGCACCAGAGACUUUGAUGCGAGCAUUGGAGGUUUUGAAUUAUCUGGGAGCUUUAGAUGAUGAUGGAAACUUAACAAAGUUGGGGGAAAUGAUGAGUGACUUUCCACUGGAUCCACAGAUGUCCAAAAUGCUGGUUGUCAGCCCUGAAUUCAACUGCUCCAAUGAAAUUCUCUCCAUUUCUGCAAUGCUUUCAGUCCCCAAUUGCUUUCUCCGGCCUAGGGAAGCUCAGAAAGCUGCUGAUGAAGCCAAGGCUCGGUUCUCGCACAUUGAUGGAGAUCACUUGACGUUGCUGAAUGUUUACCAUGCCUACAAGCAAAAUAAUGAAGACCCUACAUGGUGUUAUGAAAACUUCGUCAAUGCAAGAGCUCUUAAAUCUGCUGACAAUGUGAGACAACAACUUGUACGCAUAAUGAACAGAUACAAUCUCAAGUUGUGUAGCACUGACUUUAAUAGUCGUGACUAUUAUGUAAAUAUACGAAAGGCAAUGCUAGCAGGAUAUUUCAUGCAGGUAGCUCACUUGGAACGCACAGGUCAUUACCUAACAGUGAAAGACAAUCAGAUGGUCCAUCUACAUCCUUCCAACUGUCUUGAUCACAAGCCAGAGUGGGUCAUAUACAAUGAAUAUGUAUUGACAAGUAGAAACUUCAUUCGCACUGUUACAGAUAUCCGUGGCGAGUGGCUGAUUGACAUUGCACCUCAUUAUUAUGAUUUGAGUAAUUUUCCCCAGUGUGAGGCACGGCGUGUAUUGGAGAGGCUCUUUCUUAAACGUGAGAGAGAGAAAGCAGAAUCAAACAGAAAGUGAUAUUCUUGAAUCAUUGCUGUCAUCUGUCCAUUUAAUGAAGAUCAGCGAAAAAUGGUUGACAUGGACAGUGGCAAAUGCUUUCUCAUUGUCCGUAUCAAUGUAAUAUUAGAAUAAAGAUACUAAUGCUUAUUAGAGACAGCUCAAUUGUAUGCAAAUUUGCAUUUACUGGAGUUGGCUCCAAAAAUAUUUCCAUUUGAUCUGACUUGAAGGUUAAGUCAGAGGUAUUGCAUGUUUUUUUUAUUGAAAACAUUCUUUGAGAUUUUCAUAUUGUAGCCAUUGUCUUUUUAUAAUCCUGGUUUUUUUGGUGUUUAUGCAUUACACAAUUGUUGCGAGGUUUCAAGGUUGCAUUAUUGUACGAUUCCAAUUUUUAAUAAAUUUAUUUUAUUUCUGUUGGUUC